CGCAUUUCACACAGAGGCACUAUCCCUUACAAGAGAGCCAAGAUUUAAUGAAAACAAGGUAGUAAAAUAGGCAAUGUCAGAAUGAAUGGGACCAAACACGAAUGUUCUCUUUUUUAGAAGUAUCUCUGGGCCAAUUUGGAAAUACAUUUGAUCAUAGAGGAUGUGAGAAUCAAAUACUGUAUUGGGUUCCACCCUGCCUUUGACACACAUCUGCCUCCCCUUUGUUACUUCUUCCUUUUCCUGUGCAGAUUUGACUACUGAAGGAUGAUACUGUAGCCACUUUGUCCCCGCCUCCUGGCAUUAGGAAUUGAAGUUACCUAGGGUCUCCAGCAUGCCAGGGCUUUGCCAAGCCUCCGCCCAGGUCGCGCCCGUCCACACUUUAGUUUUGACUCCGGGUGCCGCCUGGCGGCCGUUUCCGGAAGUGUCCUCCCAGCUUCGGGGUCCUGUCCGCAGCCAGAGCUGCCCAAGGAUAUGCCUGACUCCAGCGACAGCUGCCUUCGCCCCUCCCCGUGGCCGUUCGAUCGAGCAUUCUUAAGAAAGCGAUGAAGGCGCUGCUGUAUGAGAGAACGUGGAGCCCUGGGUCUAACCCAUCGCCUCGAGGAUGGCGGCAUCAGGCUGUCACCGGGCAGCCUCCGACCCGGAAGUGGCCGGCCGCGCUAGGUCCCCGUUGCCCAGCGCGGGCGCCGGGGGCGGAGCUCGGCACCGAGGGAGACCGGGUGGCGGCGACUCCGGCUCCGCGAGGUGGGGGCCGUCCGGGGCGCAGCCAGGCGGCCGCGAUCUCCGCGGGACACGUUCCGCCGCGGCCCGAGGCGGCGACAUGAGUGCCGCGGGGCUGCUGGCUCCCGCGCCCGCCCCGGCUGCAGCGCCGCCUGCCCCGGAGUACUAUCCCGAGGACGACGAGGAGCUGGAGAGCGCCGAGGACGACGAGCGCAGCUGCCGGGGCCGCGAGUCCGACGAAGACACCGAGGACGCUAGUGAGACAGACCUGGCAAAGCACGAUGAGGAAGACUACGUGGAGAUGAAGGAACAGAUGUAUCAGGACAAACUGGCAUCUUUGAAGAGGCAGCUGCAGCAGCUACAGGAAGGUACGUUACAGGAAUAUCAGAAGAGGAUGAAGAAGCUGGAUCAGCAAUACAGAGAGAGGAUCCGGAAUGCAGAGCUCUUCCUCCAGCUGGAAACCGAACAGGUGGAAAGGAAUUAUAUCAAAGAGAAGAAGGCGGCCGUGAAGGAGUUUGAAGACAAGAAGGUGGAGCUGAAGGAGAACCUGAUCGCUGAGCUCGAGGAGAAGAAGAAGAUGAUUGAGAAUGAGAAGCUCACGAUGGAGCUGACAGGAGAUUCUAUGGAGGUGAAACCCAUCAUGACCAGAAAAUUGCGGAGGCGACCAAAUGACCCUGUCCCCAUUCCAGACAAGAGGAGAAAACCGGCUCCCGCUCAGCUAAACUAUCUGUUAACAGACGAGCAGAUCAUGGAGGAUCUGAGGACGUUGAACAAGCUUAAGUCACCCAAGAGACCAGCUUCCCCAUCCUCUCCUGAACACUUGCCUGCCACACCUGCAGAGUCUCCAGCCCAGAGAUUUGAGGCUCGGAUAGAAGACGGCAAACUGUACUAUGAUAAAAGAUGGUACCACAAGAGCCAAGCCAUCUACCUAGAGUCAAAGGACAACCAGAAACUGAGCUGUGUGAUCAGUUCAGUGGGAGCCAAUGAGAUCUGGGUGAGGAAGACCAGUGACAGCACCAAGAUGAGGAUCUAUCUGGGCCAGCUGCAGCGUGGGCUCUUCGUGAUCCGCCGGCGAAAACUCUUAACUUACCGGGACUAGCUGCUUGGCCUGGAACAUGGAGAGCGCUGUGGGAUCUUCAAGGCACUCACAUGCCGGCCACUUCCAUCUCUGUACCGUUCUUUCCUGCCUCGGCUUCUUCCAGAUCAGCCACAGAGACUCACUCUCAGGAGCAUGGGGCUUUCACCCACUUUCUUUUAUUUUUAUUUUAUUUUUUUGUUUCUACUUGACCCUUUUUUUUUAACCCUCUUUUGAGUUUGAAGGGGAGCUCUUUUUAAUAAGUAUCUUGAGGUCUUUCUCCCAUGAUGAGCAGCGAAUGUGUUUUCCUGUGUGAUCUGAUUGGUGGAUUGUGCGCCUGCUUCCCUUGUUAGGCCCGGAAGUGUGGGAUAGGAGAGUUCUCUCGGCUCUGCCGUCUCUGAGAAAUAAAUGAGUGUAGCAUCUCAUUUGCCUUGUGCUUCUCACUGGCCUAGCGGCUGGAGCUUCUGUCUUCACACUGGAGACUGCAUCCAGUGGGCGGGGCUAGGAGAGGGGCCAUUGCAUGUCCCUAGCACGCUGGAGACUGGAUGUUCUUGAAUGCACAUGAUUUAUUUAGACACGCCUGUCCUUGCUCAGGGUGGAAGAAGUGGUCAUUUCAGAAAUUUCCAUUUGUAAUUCCUCUCUCCCAGUGGCUAGAAGAUCAUGUGCCCUUCUGUGGUCUGGGUCUUCUCUGCUAGUUGGGGUGACAAGGUGGGUAUUGCAGUACCCAGUCUGUUUUUGCUGGAUCCGCCACAGAACCCCUAACCUCUCCUGAGAUUUUGUCCAUGUUGGUAACAAGGAGAGCUCUGUUGUGCCGCAGCCACCAAAUCUGUGUGCUUUUUCUUGAGCACCCCCAAUGAAGCCUCCCGUCAUGGCCUCUUUUCCUCCCUGGCCCUUCCGUUGGAGAAAUGACUAGCGGGGCAGUAGGUUCUUUGUGCCCUAACUGCCACCGUUCCCAUGUAAAGAAGUGGGUUCGAGCCACUGUUCCCAUCUCUGUGGACUCCAGUCGACUGUCCACAUUUCAGAAUCCCCCUCCCCCAACCCCGGAGAUGGGGUUUCUCUGUGUAGCCUUGACUAUCCUGGGAACAACUCUGUAGACCAGGCUGGCCUCAAAUCUGCCUGCCUCUGCCUCUUGAAUUCUGGGAUUAAAGGCAUGCGCCACCACUGCCUGGCUUUUAGAAAUCUUUACAAAUAAUCUGUUUUGUUCUUAGCCCCUUGGACUCCAUUCAUGUUGCCUCUUGAUGUGGACGGCCACAGUGGUGGCUCUGACUCGGAGGAAAGACUGUACAAACAGAAGUAUUGUUUUUGUUUAUAUCCAUUGUCUCUCAUUGGAAUUUGUAAGAAACCAUGAUAAAUGAUGAUGUUUAUUAAUUAAAAGUUGC